AUGGCCCCCAUCACGAAGCAAUAUGACUAUAUAGUCAUUGGAGGAGGAUCCGGCGGAAGUGGCACAGCCAGAAGAGCCAGUGGCUGGUAUGGCGCGAAGACCUGCAUUGUCGAGGCCGGGGCGUCGGGAGGCACCUGUGUCAACGUUGGAUGUGUGCCGAAGAAAAUGACAUGGAACUUUUCCUCGAUCAACGAAACCAUCAAGGCAGGGAAGCACUACGGUUACAAUUUCGAUAAUGGGUAUACCUUCGAUUUCAAGAGUUUUGUCGAAAAGAGAGAUGCCAGGAUCAAGGUUCUGAACGGCGCAUACGAGAACAACUGGGCAAAGGAGGGCAUCGACCUGAUCCACGGUUCGGCAACCUUCGUCAGCGAACAUGAGAUGGAGGUCAAGCCCCAUGACGGAAGCGAGCCAUUUAGGAUUACCGCACCGCACAUUACUCUUGCAACUGGUUCGUACGCGACCACGCCCAAGGGCAUUCCAGGUUCAGAAUAUGGCAUCACUUCGGAUGAAUAUUUCCAAAUCAAGCACCUGCCCAAGAAAAUGGUUUUUGUCGGCGCAGGUUACAUUGCAGUGGAACUUGCAGGCGUUAUGAAUGCGAUCGGCGUAGAGACGCAUAUCUUUAUCAGGCACAACACUUUCCUCCGAAAAUUCGACCCAAUGAUUCAGGAAACCAUGACCAAGCACUAUGAAGACAUGGGAGUCCAUGUUCACCGCAAUCACCCGGGCAUUAAAGAGGUGAUUCAGCUACAAGCCGCCGCUGAUGCAUCGGAUCCACGGGAGAAACAGCUGAAGCUUAUCAUGAAUGACGGGACGGAAAUGAUCACCAACGAGUUAUUGUGGGCCAUUGGCAGAAGUCCUGAGGAUCGGGGUCUUGGACUGGACAAGAUUCCCAUCAAGCGCACUGAGUCAGGCCAUAUUGCGGUGGACAAGUAUCAGAACACAUCUGUCAACGGUGUUUACGCUAUAGGAGACGUGACGGGUCAAGCCGAACUCACCCCGGUUGCUAUUGCUGCUGGCCGUAAGCUUGGAAACCGGCUCUUUGGACCUCCCGAGCUUAAGGAGGACCACCUGGAAUAUGACAAGAUUCCAUCUGUGGUGUUUUCCCAUCCCGAGGUGGGCGCCACUGGCUUGACAGAGCCUCAAGCCAUUGAGAAGUACGGCAAAGAGAACGUCAAGACCUAUCACACCCGAUUUUCCGCCAUGUUUUACGAUGUAUUUCCACCGGAAGAGAAGAAAAAGGAACCCACGGAAUUUAAACUCGUCACCGUUCUUCCAGACGAGAAGAUCGUGGGGCUACACAUCCUGGGCAAAGGUUGUGAUGAGAUGAUGCAAGGCUUCGGUGUCGCAGUGAAAAUGGGCGCGACGAAGAAAGAUUUUGAUUCAUGUGUUGCAAUCCACCCGACGAGUGCGGAAGAGCUUGUCACUUUGCGAUAG